GCGGCAGCCUCUCAACUUUGGCGAGUUUCGAGGCGGCGGCGCGGGCUCCCCGGCUCUCUCGCUCGGCUGCAGAUUUUUAAAUCACUAGAUUUUAAACAACCAAGCGGGUAAACAUCUGCCAUAGGCAAACAGUGAGGAGCUUCCUGCAUGCUGGCCCGAAAGCCGCCCAGGAUGGAGAAGAAGGUAAUGAGAGGCCCUCAGAUACCAGAGGACACCCUACGAGGAUCGUGCUGAAGAGCUGGUCACCAGCAAACAUAGGACUGAGCAGGGCGGCCGCGUAAAGCCUCCACCCAGAGCCUCGGGUUUGAUUCGCGGCUAGAAGGGCCGGGAUGACUCAGCAAUGAGAACGAGGAGAGGACGUGGAGAUCACCACCUUUCUCUCCUCUCGCCUUCCUUCCUCUUUCCUUCUCGGCGCCCAGCGAUGGAGGGACUGGACAAUAGGAUCUUCCUUGCGCAGACAUUUCCCAGACCCAGCUUGUGCAAAAGAGGGAGCUAAGAGGCACACCGCAGGCACCAUGGUCCGCCUGUUGGCCUCCGAAGUACAGCAGCUACUCCACAACAAGUUUGUGGUCGUCCUUGGGGACUCUGUGCAUAGGGCGGUGUACAAGGACCUGGUGCUCCUGCUGCAGAAGGACUGCCUGCUCACUAACAAGCAGCUCAGGACCAAGGGGGAGCUGAGCUUUGAGAAGGACCAGCUGAAGAUGGGAGGCGAGCUGGAUACCCUGCACAACCGCACGGACUACCGCGAGGUGCGCGAGUUCUGCUCUGACCACCAUCUGGUGCGCUUCUACUUCCUCACGCGGGUCUACUCUGAGUACAUGGAGAGCGUCCUAGAGGAGCUCCAGUCCGGCAGUCACGCCCCAGAUGUGAUCAUUAUGAACUCUUGCCUCUGGGACGUCUCCAGGUAUGGGCGGAAUUCCUUGAGUAGCUACAGGCAGAACCUGGAGAACUUGUUUGGGCGCAUGGACCAGGUGCUGCCCAAGUCGUGCCUGCUAGUGUGGAACACUGCUAUGCCUUUGGGUGACAAGAUCAAGGCGGCCUUCCUCCCACAGAAGUGUAAGGGCCAGUACCCCCGGAUCUCGGUAGCCACCCUGAAAAAGAAAGUGACCCAAGCCAAUUUCUAUAGCCAUGCGGAAGCAACAAAGCACUAUUUCGAUGUGCUGGACUUAAAUUUCCACUUCCGGCAAGCCAGAAGGCACCUGCAGGGAGAUGGCGUGCACUGGAAUGAGCAUGCGCACCGCAAGCUCUCCUACCUGCUGCUGGCCCACAUGGCCGAUGCAUGGGGUGUGGAAUUGCCCCAACGAGACUCAUGGGAGCCUGGUUUUGAGGCGUGGGAAAGUUCAGGCCAGGUAGAGGAAAGGCAGCCCCAAGACAGCCUAGGUCCUCAGGUGUUUGCCCCAUCUCCACAUUGUCCUUUUCCCAGGCCACCUCCCCUUCUCCCAUCCCCUGGCUUGCCCAUAAGGCCCCCACCCCUACUAGGAUGUCCCCUGCCCCAGCCCCAGCAGAUGCCCCCAUUCCCACUCUAUCCUCAAGUUUCCUAUUUUUCCUCAGACCCCGUUUUCCAGUCAGACGAAUUCUAUAUCCAUUCCGAUAACCCCUCACCUACCCACACUGGAUAUGCCUUUGAGGGCGACUUUAGCUUUUAUCCCCAGCCACCUGUGCCCAACUUCCGCCCACCCUGUCAUCAGCGUCAGGCCCCGGUAGUACAUAGGGGAUUCCCGAGGCAUUUUGCUCGUGGCCCCUAUAAUCCUUGUAGAGGCAGACCCAGGCGACCACAAAAACAUGCCCCCGCCUGCCUAGAGUCAAGGCCCCAGUAGUGUUCUGACUUAAGCCUUACCUCCGGAUGGGGCCGUGUGACAUCUGUCUAUUUUGUUUUUUGUUUUUUUGUUUUUUUGUCUCAUUGUUGGUCUAAUACAGUGACCUUGCUAACCCAAUCCCAGCUAGUCCUGUCUUGGACUUCUUUUUGUUUAUUGCUGUUAGAAACAAGAGGCAGGGAAGAGCAGACUGGCCCCCUCCUGCUGCCUGAGGCCACCUCUUCCCCCUGAGUGACCAAGCAAGCAUUCUUACUACCUCCCCCUCGCUAUUCUUGUUGCCUUUUUGUAAAAAUAAAAUUGAAAUACAGAAA